AUGCUGCGGUUGCGUGCCUUUCGCCAGACGAACGAUAAGAUCGUGAAGAUUCAGUUGCACCCGACGCACCCAUGGCUCGUCACUUCAGAUGCCUCCGAUCACGUCUCCGUUUGGAAUUGGGAACAUCGCCAGGUGAUUUACGAGUUGAAGGCUGGGGGUGUGGAUGAGAGACGUUUGGUUGGAGCCAAGUUGGAGAAGCUGGCCGAGGGCGAAACAGAGUCUCGAGGAAAACCCACAGAAGCUAUACGAGGUGGAAGUGUUAAACAGGUUAGCUUUUAUGAUGAUGAUGUACGCUACUGGCAGCUUUGGCGGAAUCGAUCUGCUGCUGCUGAAGCUCCAACAGCAGCCAAUAAUUUAACUUCAGCUUUCAGUUCCCCACCCCCCUCAACAAAAGGGCGCCAUUUUCUUGUCAUAUGUUGUGAGAACAAAGCAAUUUUUCUAGAUUUGGUCACAAUGCGUGGCCGAGAUGUACCAAAACAGGACUUGGACAACAGAUCUCUAUUAUGGCAAGUUAUGGAAUUCCUGUGUAGAUCCUCUGCUAGUGAUGGACCUCUUGUGGCAUUUGGUGGAUCAGAUGGUGUGAUUAGAGUUCUUUCCAUGCUAACUUGGAAGCUUGCUAGAAGGUAUACUGGAGGUCACAAGGGAUCAAUUUCUUGUUUGAUGACUUUCAUGGCCUCCUCUGGGGAGGCCCUUCUGGUUUCUGGUGGUAGCGAUGGCUUGCUUGUUCUUUGGAAUGCAGACUAUGGUCAAGAUACCCGAGAACUUGUUCCCAAGCUGAGCUUAAAAGCACAUGAUGGUGGGGUUGUUGCGAUUGAGCUUUCUCGUGUUGUUGGUGCUGCACCACAACUCAUUACAAUUGGUGCAGACAAGACUUUAGCUAUCUGGGACACAAUGUCAUUCAAGGAAUUACGCAGGAUAAAGCCUGUUUCGAAAUUGGCUUGCCACAGUGUGGCAUCUUGGUGCCAUCCUCGAGCUCCAAAUCUCGAUAUUCUGACCUGCGUUAAAGAUUCUCACAUAUGGGCCAUUGAGCAUCCUACUUAUUCAGCUCUGACAAGGCCAUUAUGUGAACUGUCAUCAUUAGUUCCACCUCAGUUGCUUGCAUCACACAAGAAGCUUAGGGUGUAUUCUAUGGUUGCACAUCCUUUACAACCCCAUCUUGUGGCAACUGGAACCAACAUGGGUGUCCUCAUUUGUGAAUUUGAUCCGAAAUCACUUCCACCUGUUGCUCCAUUACCAACAGCUCCGGGAAGCAGAGAACAUGCUGCGGUUUAUGUUGUUGAAAGGGAACUGAAACUGUUGCAAUUUCAAUUGUCUAACACUGCAAAUCCAGCUCUUGGCAGCAAUGGCUCCUUAAAUGAAGUGGGAAGAGUCAGGGGAGACACACCAGAACAACUUCAUGUGAAGCAAGUCAAAAGCCAUAUCAGCACUCCCGUUCCGCACGAUUCAUAUUCAGUUCUCUCUGUGAGCAGUUCUGGAAAGUUCCUUGCCAUUGUGUGGCCUGAUAUUCCGUAUUUCUCCAUUUAUAAGGUCAGUGAUUGGUCGAUUGUCGAUUCGGGUAGUGCGAGGCUCUUGGCCUGGGACACUUGCAGGGACCGGUUUGCGCUGCUGGAGUCCGCAUUGCCACCCAGAAUGCCAAUAAUCCCUAAAGGCAGCUCCUCCAGGAAAGCUAAAGAAGCUGCGGCAGCAGCCGCUCAAGCUGCUGCGGCCGCAGCUUCGGCCGCUUCCUCCGCCAGUGUUCAGGUACGCAUAUUGCUGGACGAUGGAACAUCAAAUAUAUUGAUGAGAUCAGUCGGUAGCCGCAGCGAACCAGUGAUCGGUUUGCAUGGAGGAGCACUACUUGGUGUCGCUUAUCGGACAUCUCGAAGGAUAAGUCCUGUUGCCGCCACAGCCAUUUCAACAAUUCAGUCCAUGCCCUUGUCGGGAUUCGGAAGUACUACCAAUCCUUCUUUCAGUGCCAUGGACGAUGCAUAUUCCUCACAGAAAUCUUCUUCGGAGGCGGCACCUCCAAACUUUCAGUUAUUCAGCUGGGAAUCUUUUGAACCAGUUGGAGGCCUUCUUCCUCAACCAGAAUGGACAGCGUGGGACCAAACUGUUGAAUAUUGUGCUUUCGCCUACCAGCAAUAUAUUGUCAUAUCCACAUUGCGCCCUCAGUUUCGGUACCUUGGGGAUGUGGCGAUCCCUCAUGCGACCGGAGGUGUUUGGCACAGGAGGCAACUGUUCGUGGCUACCCCGACUACCAUUGAGUGUGUCUUUGUGGAUGCUGGCAUUGCACCUAUUGACAUUGAGACCAAAAGAAGGAAGGAGGAGAUGAAGCUUCUGGAGGCACAGUCGAGAGCCAUCGCGGAACAUGGUGAAUUGGCAUUAAUAACAGUUGAUAGUCAACAAAAAGCCUCGCAAGAGAGGGUCACUUUGAGACCUCCUCUGUUGCAGGUGGUGAGGUUAGCUGCUUUUCAGCAUUCCCCCUCCAUACCUCCAUUCCUUACAUUGCCUAAACAAUCUAAAGCCGACGGUAAUGACUCUCCAAUACCAAAAGAGAUGGAAGAAAGGAAAUAUAAUGAAGUUGCCGUUGGGGGUGGAGGAGUUGCGGUUGCCGUUACUAGAUUUCCGUCUGAACAAAAACGACCGUUGGGACCCCUUGUUAUUGCAGGCGUGAGGGAUGGCGUUCUGUGGCUGGUUGACAGGUACAUGUCUGCGCAUGCAAUAUCACUUAGUCAUCCUGGAAUCCGUUGCCGGUGUCUUGCAGCAUAUGGAGAUGCCGUUAGUGCGGUAAAAUGGGCGAGCAGGCUCGGCAGAGAACAUCACGAUGAUUUAGCUCAGUUUAUGCUCGGGAUGGGUUACGCCACUGAGGCCCUUCAUCUGCCUGGUAUAUCCAAGAGACUGGAAUUUGAUCUGGCAAUGCAGAGCAGUGAUUUGAGGCGGGCUCUUCAGUGUCUGCUCACAAUGAGCAACAGCAGGGAUAUUGGCCAGGAAGCUCUGGGGUUGAAUUUGAAUGACAUUAUGAAUUUGUCCUCGAAGAAGGAAGAUGUUGUGGAAGCUGUUCAGGGAGUGGUUAAGUUUGCUAAGGAAUUCCUCGAACUUAUUGAUGCCGCUGAUGCUACUGCGCAGGCUGACAUUGCUCGGGAAGCGCUUAAGAGGUUGGCUGCUGCGGGUUCUGUGAAAGGAGCUCUGCAGGGCCAUGAGUUGAGAGGCCUUGCUCUGCGCCUUGCAAAUCACGGAGAAUUGACUCGGCUCAGCAAUUUGGUGAACAGUUUGAUAUCAGUCGGAUCAGGAAGAGAAGCUGCUUUUUCGGCUGCUCUUUUGGGUGACAACGUACUCAUGGAGAAGGCUUGGCAAGAUACAGGGAUGCUUGCAGAGGCUGUUCUUCAUGCUCACGCUCAUGGCAGGCCCACAUUGAGGAGCCUUGUUCAGGCGUGGAACAAGGCGCUACAGAAGGAGAUGGACCACACCCCAUCCACCAAAGUUGAUGCUGCAGCUGCCUUCCUCGCCUCACUCGAGGAGUCCAAGAUCACAAGCCUCCAGGAUGCUGCCAAGAAACCCCCAAUCGAGAUCCUCCCUCCCGGGAUGGCAUCUCUCUACGGACCCAACCCAGGCCAGCCAGGUCCCAAGAAGUCCGGUCUCACCAACCCUGCCCUCCCGACUUCCCAACCUGCUAAACCAUUGCAGCUGGAGGCCGCACAACAGAGCGGACCCGCCUCGGAGCCACCUGAGCAAAACGCUGUUGCUGGGGAUCCGGCCGCCGUUCCCUCUGAUACCCAGCUGCCAGAUUCUGCUGUUCCUCAGGUGGCCGAGUCGAGCGAGCAGGGGCAGGGUACUGAGUCGGAAGAUCAUUCCUUGGAAAAUGAGGAAAAGAGUGUUGUUGAGGCUAAUGGUGAGGGGUCCAUGUCAGGAAAUGAGUCGGUUGAGGUGAAUGGAGGGGCCCAGCAUGCCAAUGACCAACAGAAAGUUGUUCGUGAUGAGCUGCCCAUGAUCGAUUUUACCUGA